GUGAGGCCUGUUGCCACGCCCCCCUCCGCUCGGGGCCGGGAUGGAGCCGGGAGCGGGGUCGGGAGCGCAGCCGGUGCCCGGGCGCUGGGGCACGGCCGUCUGCGUGCUGACCGGCGCCUCCCGGGGUUUCGGGCGCAGCCUGGCGCGGCUGCUGGCCCCGCGGCUCGGCGAGGGCUCGGUGCUGCUGCUGCUGGCGCGCUCGGUGGCGCCGCUGGCCGAGCUGGCGGCCGAGCUGCGGGGCGGCGGCGCCGGGUUGCGGGUGGAGUGCGUGGCUGCAGACCUGGGCUGCGAGCAGGGGCUGCGGAGGGCGGCCGCUGCCCUGCGGGAGGUACUGCCCGCCGCCCCGCCCGGCCGCCUGCUCCUCGUCAACAACGCCGGCUCCCUGGGAGAUAUCUCCAAAUCCUUCCUCGACCUCACCGACCCAGAUGAGAUCAACAGCUACUUUGCUUUCAACGUCACCUCAGCUCUUUGCCUCACCUCCACUGCCCUGCAAGCCUUCGGGAAGCGGCCUGGCUCAAGCAGGACGGUGGUGAACAUCUCCUCGCUCUGUGCCGUGAAGCCCUUCAAGAACUGGGCGCUGUACUGCAGUGGGAAGGCUUCCCGGGACAUGAUGUUCCAGGUGCUGGCGCUUGAGGAGCCCGAUGUCCGUGUGCUCAACUAUGCCCCGGGUCCCCUGGACACCGACAUGCAGCUCUUGGCCCGGACUAAGACCGGAGACCCUGAGAUGCGUCAAUAUUUCCAAAGCCUGCAGGAGAGCGGGCAGCUGAUAGACUGCACCGUGUCAGCCCAGAAGCUGGUGAAUCUCCUGGAGGAGGACACCUUCAUCUCCGGUGCCCACGUGGAUUUCUAUGACAUCUGAGUUACGCUUUCCUCCUCCUUUGCCUUCCUGCUUUGCUUCCUGCUGAGGCGUGUUGGGUGCCUCUGGUGUGUUUGGUGACCGUGUGUGAGUGCUGGGUGCUGUGCAGCUUUCAAGAGAAGACCUCUAGGUGCCUUAUAAAUACUCCUAGUGCCCUGAUGGGCAUGGGAAAAGUUAUUGCUUUGCUGUGCUGUAGCUGUUGAGCUCUCCUGGGCAUCUGCCGGCAGGAGCAGGGAUUUCUUAGCUGCUGGGGAUGAGGGAGCAGAGGUGGUUUUUACAAAGGAAUGGGCAUGGAGGCUUAAAGCUCUCCUGUGCAGGAGUGUGUGCAAGCCAAAGAGGUACGAAGGCACGCAAGGCCAUCUCAGAAAGCCACCCCAGAAGGUCUCAAAGAAGCCAACAGUAGAGUUAGAUCUGGGCAUCCCUGUGCCUGUCCUCUUUGCCCCUCAGGAGCUGUGUGCUCAGUACCUGAGCAAGUCACCAAAGGGCAAAAGAGCCAUUCCUGGGGCCGGAAGAUGUGACUGUCAUCCCUGAGCCCUGACUGUCUGUCCCCUGUCUCACCAGUGGCUUGUCUAGACUCUCCUGCAGUUCUGGGAUCGUCUCUGUGCCAGUUUUGUGCAUUAAGAUGUGGAGCAAAGCCUGUCCCUGUGUUUUUUACACAAAGGCAAUAAAUCACCAGGAGGGGGAGCUGGCCAUGGAGGUGAUGUGAAUUUUGGAUGCCUGGCUGGGGUCACUAGUUUACAUAAACCUGUGCACAAGCGCAGCGUGGGUUAGAGCACAUCUGAGACACAGUCCUGAGUUCCUGCCAUGCUCCUGUUUGCAGUUUCUGGGUCCAAGCCUGGAUCCGGGGCUUGAUCUGGGGUUAUUCUUUUAAAUAUUUGUGGGGGUUUAUCCUCAUUUUUUCAUCGGGUUCCAGGAGGCACAGGCGGUUAUACACUUGUCCUUCUAGAAGACAGCUGACCUGCAGUGUGUGUUGAUACAGGAGAGCUUCUGUGAAGUGCAGUGUCAUCCCCUGUGUGCCCUGGGAAUGCCCAGUGUCCCUCUGUGCUCAAUGACAGCAACCUUCCUGCAGUUCUCUAUCUCAACCUUUUAUUUCAAAUUUUGUCCAAAUGGAUCUACAAUCAUUAAAAGUUUCAUGUCUGGUCUGGGUCUUCUGCUUUAUCUUUA